AUGCCAUUAAAACUGUGGGAAAAAACAACAUGUAGCGCUUCAUCUUCUUGUGAGAGGGGAAGAAGUUCAGUAAUUCACAAUGGUUGUGCAGAAAUUAAGAAGAGUCAGAAUCGUUGGAAACUGGGUUUUCCAGUUUCAGCUGGUUUAUCAAUUAAAAAUAUUGGUGGGAAGAGGAGCAGCGGUCGCUUUUCAAGAGUCUACAGAAGAUCAAGAGGUAGAAGAAUUUGGCUAAGCUCGAGGAAGGAGGAUUCUAAAAGUGGCUGUCAGGUUUUUAUGAAUAAAGAUCAAAAUGCUCCUGAAGGUUUUAUUCAACCGGUUUCUUCCGAAAACAGGGGAUCUGAACAGGAUGUUGAUGUCUCUUGUUCUGUUAUUAAGCAGAAUACAGCGUUGGUUCCAUUAUUUUGUAAUAAUCAUUUUGAGGAUCGGACAUCAACCCUACUUUCUGCUUCACAGAUUUGCAGGAAUUUCAGGAGGGAAAAAAGAAUUUUAACAAGGGAAGCUGUGGACCUGGUUAAUAUGUUAACUGUCUUUUCCCCUCAAUUUUCGAAAUUGGUGGAGGAAGCCAUGGCAACUUGGGAAGUCUGUCAGUUGCUAGGUAUUUCCUUCAAGGAAGGGAAGAAGACUUUCAUUGAAAAAAUUAUUAGUCUUGAUAAUGGCUCGGAGACUGAAACUAAAUUGGAGAAAAUUCAAAAAUCUAUUUCUAGAAGGUGUGGUUUAAACAACUUGCAAGGAUGUAUUGAGUCUCCUUCGGUUGGUGCUUCAGGGGGUUUACUAAGUUGCUGGAAUGACAAUAUUUUUGUGUUGGAUAAUCAAUUUGUUUCCAGUAGAUUCAUAGCUAUUUCUGGGAGGUUUCGUGCAAAUAAUUUCAGAUGUAGGUUCAUCAAUGUAUAUGGUCCUUCUUUUGAGGAGGAGAAAGGAGGCUUCUUUGAAGAAUUAGGCAUGUUCAUUGGAGGUUACAGUGAUCAUAUUUGUGUUGGAGGGGACCUAAAUGUUUAUCUUCAUGAGGACGAGAAGAUGGGUAGGGCCCAAAAUAGGAAUUCAGUAGAGAUUUUUAGUCAUUUUUUGCUGAACACAGGUUUAAUUGAUCUGCAAUUGAGUGGGGGUCGAUAUACUUGGUGUAAUAACCAAGAUUCACCAACCUAUGUUAGACUGGACAGAUUUUUGGUUGAUAGCCAGUUCUUAGCCGAAUUUCCAGAUUUAACUCAAUCUCUUUUGCCCAGGUCUGUGUCUGACCAUAAUGCAGUAAUUAUUGAAAAUGGUGGGGAUAAUUGGGGAAAGAAACCUUUUAAACUUUUUAAUUAUCUGAUGGAUGAAGUCGGAUUCGAGGAUGUGGUCAGCUUAUCAAUUCGAGAUUGUAAGAAAAACCAGAGGAAUGCUGGAAUUUUCAGCAUACUGAAGAAUACCAAAAUGGCAAUAAAAAAUUGGGUAGGGAGGAGAGACAAGUUUCCAGGGGAUUUGAUUUCUGAUCUUGAAUCGAAAAUUCAAAAGCUAGAGGUGGAUAUUCAUCAGGGUCUAAUUGAUUACAAUUCUGAGAUAGCACUUGAGUUGAAGAGAUCAAGAGCAGAACUAUGGAGGCUGUAUAAGAUAGAGGAGCAGAUUUGGUUCCAGAACUCAAGAUCGAAGUGGGUAGAAGAUGGCGACAGAAACACAAGAUAUUUUCAUACAUGUGCUUCAGUUAGGAGGAAAAGAAAUGCAUUGAAUGCUAUUCUUGUCAAUGGCAAUUUUGUUCAUGACCCGAAUGUUAUUAAAUCAACAGUUAGAGAUCAUUUUUUCAAGGCUUUCAAUGAUCAGUUUACUCUUCAAGUGGAAGACAUUGGGCUGGAUUUUUCUAGUAUUACACUCGAACAGAGUUUGAGAUUAGAGAAAGAAUUUACCGAGGAGGAAAUUUGGGAGUCUAUUGAGUCUUGUAAUGGGAAUAAAGCUCCUGGGCCAGACGGUCUAAAUAUGGGAUUUUUUAAAAGAUUCUGGAAUAUGCUUAAGGGGGAUGUUAUGAAAUUUUUCAAUAAUUUCUAUUUGGGAAAAGAGUGGGAACACGGUAUUAAUCAUACAUUUAUUACUCUUAUCCCUAAGGUUUCUAAUAGUGGCGAUCUUGAUGACUUUAGACCUAUUAGCUUAGUUGGUGGAUUAUAUAAGAUCCUCUCCAAGUGUCUUUCAAGGAGGUUGAGGAGCUGUAUUUCAGAUUUAAUCAGUCCCACACAAUUCGUUUUUAUACCAGGCCGUCAAAUAUUAGAUUGCUCGUUAAUUGCCAAUGAAAGAAUUGAUUUUUUGAGGAAAAGUGGACUCAAAGGCUGUGUUUUCAAAGCUGAUUUCAAGAAAGCUUAUGAUUUGGUGGAUUGGAAUAUUCUGUUUUUAGUUAUGGAGAAAAUGGGUUUUGGUUCAAGGUGGAGAGGCUGGAUCAAAAAAUGUGUUUCAACAGCUUCAGUAUCUGUUCUGGUUAAUGGAGUCCCUACUGAGGAAAUUCCUAUGGCAAAGGGUCUUAGGCAGGGAUGUCCUUUAUCCCCUCUGCUAUUUAAUUUGAUUGGUGAACUCCUUAAUUUACUGAUUUUAAAGGCUGUUUCACAAUGGUUGUUUUCUGGAUUGGCUAUUGGGAGGGGAGAGGGGUCUUUUAAUCUUUCUCAAUUACAGUUUGCAGAUGAUCUCAUUAUCUUUAGUGGUGCUUCGAAAAUGCAAAUUCUAAAUGUAAAAAGGGUGUUUCGUGUAGUCCAAGUUAUUUCGGGUUUACAGCUCAAUUUGAGGAAAUGCAAGCUUUUUGGUGUGAAUUUGAAUGAUGAGGAUGUGAAUGAGUGGACUAAUACUAUUGGUUGUUCUGUUGGAAGCUUUCCUUCUGAAUAUCUAGGGCUUACUUUGGGGGAUUCUAGGAAUUCUGCUGCUAUAUGGAAUCCUGUAAUCAGUAAUUUUUCCAAAAAAUUAACAGGAUGGAAGGCUGCCUCUCUUUCUUUAGCAGGGAGACUGGUCUUGCUUAAGUCGGUACUAUGUUCGCUUCCUAUUUACUAUUUAUCUCUUUUUAAGAUACCAGUUUCGGUUCUUAAAACCCUGAAUUCACUGAUGUCAAAUUUCCUAUGGGGAGGGGGUGCUGAAAAAAGUAAGAUCCAUUGGGUUAGCUGGCUGAAUGUAUGCAGACCAAAGAUGGAGGGGGGUUUGGGUGUGCUGAAUCUAAAUUUGAUGAAUAGAGCACUUCUAGAAAAAUGGGCUUGGAGGUUUGCAAAUGAAAGGGGGUCUGUCUGGAGGGAUCUUAUUUGUUCUAAAUAUAAUUUGGACCCAUCUUUGUUAUUGUUUGAUAGUAAGACUCCAAACAGAGUAUCUUGGAUUUGGAGAUUAGUGGUUAAUAACCACUUUAAAGAUGGCCCUAUCGGCUCAAAGUUGAGAAGUUUGUAUUCUUUUUUAGUCGGAGAUGGUAAAUUUAUUCGAUUCUGGCAGGACAAUUGGGUUUUGGAUUAUCCACUUCUACUAAUUUUCCCUAGACUGUUUUCCAUUUCGAUUAACAAAACAGGCAAAUUAUUUGAGUUUGGGGAGUAUAGCUCUUUCGGCUGGAUUUGGGAUGUGCAGUUUCGUAGGAAUUUAAAUGACUGGGAGAUAGAGCAGUGGGCUAAUUUGAUGACUAUCAUCUCGGCUUUUGCUCUAAAUUUGGAUAAUUCGGAUGGGAUGAUUUGGAAAGGGUCUGGGGAUGGGUUGUUCACUGUGAAAUCUGCUGUCAAUCUAUGCUCAUCAGGUUCUUUAGGUUCGGAUGAGGCCUACUUCUGGUGUAAGAUUGUUUGGAGUGGUCAGCUGCCACCAAAAGUGGAGUCCUUUUUGUGGCAGGUUGUUCUAGGGAGGUUAGCUGUUAAAACAGAACUGGUGAAAAGAGGAAUAGAAGGAAUUCAGAAUCUGUUAUGCCCUAUUUGCAUGAUGCAAGAAGAGUCUCCUUCAUAUUUGUUUUUCUCGUGUUCGGUGGUGUGGGCUACUAAUUCUCCGAUUUGGUCUCUCAUUCCAGGGGUAGUUAUUUGGACUACUUGGAAAUUGAGGAACUCAAUUGUUUUUGAAGGAGGGAAGUUGGAUGAGGUUGAAUUCUUCUUCUUAGCAAGGUUUAGGCUUGCUUCAUGGUUCCUAGCGAAGAAUAAAGGGGUGUAUAUUCUUAAAGACUCUCAUUUCAGACCCCUCCUUAGGGGACCUACGACUAAGGAUUGGAAGAAGAGUGGUUUAGGAGGAGUUUUAAAAGAUUCCUCUGGAACUACAUUAAGGUCUUUCAAGGAGACUGCAGGUCCGGGGCCUCCAACAUUUAUGGAGUUAAAAGCUAUUCAAAAAGCGCUAAUGAUUUAUGCUGAUUUUCGAGCGAGGAUCAAAGACAGGUUGAUUAUUGAAAGUGACAGAAAGAUGGCAGUGGAUUGGGUUAAGGGGGCUGAAUUAUGUCCUCAUGUUUAUGCUUAUUUGGUUAGAGACAUUGUUUACUGGCUUAAUAUGUUCGAUGGUGUGGUUAGAUGGGUAAGCAGGACAACCAACUUAGAGGCUGAUGCCUUAGCUAAAGAAGGAAUCGGUUGA